UCUAGGAUACGAACGGAUACCACCACCCAACACAUCUAAGCAGACCGAAGAAGUUUGAAGACAGGAGCACACGAGCGUCGCACUCAACUCAUUUCAAGGCUUCCCGAUCUAUGGAAAAAACAAUCAAAUCGAGCAAUCUAUCGCAUGCAAGUCGAGAUGGACCCCGACGCCUCCGUAUUCCUUGUGGGUUUUGCCGCCACCACCGGAUUCAUGGUGAUGAUUGCGUUUUUCGGGAAGAUGCGGUUGCCAAGCUGCCAAUGAUCCCUUGUGCACAAGAUGUGGGCUCCCUGAGCCGGCUACUCACCAGGAGGGGGAUGGAACUUCGCAGUCCGAAGGAUCCCACGCUCCAGGUAGCAAGAUGGACGUCUAAAAUGAUUGAUGGCGUGUUUUCUGAACUGUCCUUACCUGGAGAGUCCCAGCGACAUAGCUUAACUUGCCGGAAGACUGUGUCAAUCGGUAUUUCUGGAACUCGCACAAACUACGGCCCAUGAAAACGGAGUUUCUGUCAUCUGUGCGAUGUUGAAUCUUGAGUUUAACAGCAGAAAGCUGCAAGACGCCUCUGAGAACUGCGUUUAAUGUUCCUUAUCAGGGUUUCGGAUGGUAAAGCUCAUAAUCAA